AUGUCUUGGAUGACUGAUGAUGAGGCGGCGACCGAAGUCGGGACAUGGAGGAGUGAGCCUUACACGAAAGAGCUUAAACCAGCUCUUGUUACCAGAAGGGCCUUGUGGGCCUUGUACCAGAAAGAAAACGAGAACUGGGCUGCCUCCGUGGCCAAAGUGGGCAUCAAAGCUGCAAGCUCCGUGUUAACCGGGUCAGGAACCUUGAGUGCCAUUGAAUGGUUGGCUGACACCCUUAAAGAAAAGGCGACAGAAGAAUUGGUUGAAAAGGUUCUAGAAUCGGGCUUUGACUACAUCGCUGGUGCUCAUGUAGCGAAAAGCAGUGACAAGUACAAGAUCCAAGCCAACAAUCACUUCGCCACAAAGGUUGCUUCUGGUUUCCUGACCAUUUUGGUGUCGGCCGUUGGUGGCACCUUGACUGUUGUAUCAGGAGGCACUACCGUCGCGAUAGGCGCCAUCGCCCUUCUCGUCUGGAUUGGCGAGAAAAAUGAGGCUGUCAAGCGUGACCGCUGGCACGACAUCAUCGAAAGCGCCAUGGCCAAGUACAACACUAUCCGUGAAAAGAGGCUUUCGGAGAUCAAGCAGAAACAUCUCACACAGCUUGAGCAGCUCGUCAAGAGCAAUGCCUACCAUGACCUUGAGGAUGCAAAACUUGUGAGGUCGUAUGAGUGGAAAAAAGGCAACAGCACUGUCAGAGCACGGUACCCCAACAAACUGCUGAAGAAACUCUGGCUACUCUUGAAGGAUAUGAUUGAUGGAACAGUGGCUAAACAGGUCUGGGUCAUGGAUGUCCUUGAGGUCGCCCGAGUGUACUCGGAAGAAACCAGAGAGCUCUGGCAAGCCAUCGAGGCGAAAAAGAACCCGAGGCCCAAUCUAUUCAACAAGGACGAGAUUCGGGACUUUCUAGAGUUCCAAGUCGACAGCCACAUCGAAGCGGACAGACUCCCCGAGACCAAAACACAGAAAGCUUUGGAAGUUCUCAGGGGAAGUAUGGCCAACGAAUACGGUGAAGUUACUCAGAUGGAAGACAAGGAGGGUGAUUUUAAAGAAGACGACAUGGACGAAUAUAAGGCUACAAUUAACAGCCCAAAGGUUUCUAACCCCAACCCUGCCCCUCAGGGCGGGUCAAGAAACCGUGCCAGAGAACCCCAGCAGCAAUCAACUGCGGGAUCAUCGUGCAUCACGCCGGAGCAACAAGAACAACUGUCAUUUCAGUCAAUUGGAACACCUACAGGAGAAGGCGGCGCCGUUCAUACACCGGCGAGUGUGAGCUCAGUUCGGCGACCAACAUGCAGUGUCCAAGAGAACCUCAGUCGACAAGCGGAGCCGCGAAUUGAUGUGUUGGCAGCUGGUGUCUUUGAUCGUCCAUCCGGGUCAUGCUACUUUGGAUCGAGUUCGAACCAUGCAAUCUUCUGGUCUCUAAAUGAAAUCGUUACCAAAGUUGGGACGAGUUCCGGCCUUCUCCUCCAUCCCGAGCGUCUCCGGAAUAGUCAGGCUAACACGGAUUACGGUCCACUACCAGACCCCCCUUCCUCUUCAGUUCCAGGAUAUGGUACUGACCGUGUUGGCACUGACUUGCUUCCUGAGCGUCAAACCGCUGUUAGAUGGAUAAUUCAAUUCUCUGACACUGUAGGGAGCCUACUUCCUUACAUCAGUGAAGCUAGUUUGAUAUCCGGUCUCGAUGAGGUGCUGAAUAGAGCUGGCAAUACUCGGAGAUCAAUAAGGCCGAUGCUGGCAUUGCUUAACAUAGUGUUUGCUUUCGCCUUGUCUGUUACCCAGGAGCACUCACCAGAGACAUACUACCGCCAGACCUUGGGUUUACUAGAUCCUGAAGCGCUUUGCGUGUCGAGCUCAAGGUUACUUCAGACGCUUUUGCUCCUGGCUCUGUAUCAGCAGAACAGCCAACGUUCUACUGAAAGCUUGACAAUUCACUGUCUUUCAGUCAAAGUCGCCUAUCAAUUGGGACUUCAUGCUCCGAUUUCUUACAGUCAUAAUGUGCCUGAAGAAAAAGAGCUCAAAUCCCGGCUUUGGUUUGCCGUGGUGAAUCAGGAUAGAAUUGUUUCUUCCGCUCUCGGUCAGCCUUGUUUAAUACCUUCAUCCCACGUUCGUAUGGAACUUGUGGAACUGCUUUCUUCCAAGGGUUAUGUUGAUGACAUCGAUUCGUCCUAUCGCAAUAGCAUGGUAGAUCACUUCCGCGACCUAACAACUUUACAUCAGAUUAUGGGACGAGCCUUGGAGGAAGUUCACGAUUCUAACAUGAGUCCUGUGACUCCUCUCAGCCUACACGAGCUCUUGGAGAAGACAACCAAGCUUUCAUUAGAGAUGGGCCGUUGGCAGCAAAACGCCCUGCCAUCUAGAAUCCUGGAGACUAUCGCAGACCGCGAUGCCUGGUCGCCUGCUAACUUCAAAGCAUCUCGUCCCACAAUAUUGCUCGCGAUCUAUUAUUACCGAACGCAAUUGAUGACAUGCGGGCCUCUUCUCGUAGCCGUGCUGCGCUCAAUCACCAGGAAAUCACCAGAUUGCGAUUCAGAGCUCCUGCGAGAUAAUAUUGCCGCUAUACUUAAAACCGAUUUCCAGCAUGUAUUAGAGCUCCACCGACUGAUCAGCGACAUUUUACAAAGGCAAGAACCAUUCUUUCGAGAGAAUGCGAUCUGGUGGACUUGCAACUAUUGUGCUUUAACAACCACAUUGCACGUUUUCGGUUUCUGGCUUGCCUCGGGAUGCCAAGGCGCAGAAUUCAUCACGAAACAAGUCUCGUCUGUGAACUCAAUGGAUGAGUUGUUGAAUGAGUGUCUGGGCACUUUGAAGGCAAUAGGUGUGGCAAGUGCUAUGAGUAUCAACGCAUAUCGCCGUAUAUUUCGAUAUGUUCAGCUGUUAAGAGGAAUGUCACUAGGGCCAGGCGAUAAAGCAGCAGAACUCGAGCCAUCGGACACGAUCCCAGUGGGUGCACGGGAGAUUCCAAGCGGUCAAACACUACCAACAGUGGGGAAUGGCAGUACGAGCGGGCCCAGUCUCAUCUUGGAUGAUAGCAUCGAUUUCUUUACGCAGGUCAACGAAAAUGACCUAAUUUAUGGGAACUGGUUAGGGCCAAACUUUGGGCCAAACGAAUUUGAUGUACUAGGGUUCAUUUAA